AUCUAGGUUUGAGCAAAUCAAAAUAGCCUGUGAAAGACUGCGAAUUUUAUUGGUUGGGUCGACGGAAGGACUCCCGAUGACUUCUCUGCCCCAUUAUCAAUCGCUUGCAGAGUUUCUGGACCGCUAUCUCGUUUAACUUUGUAGAAUUCGGCUUCACUUUCAGUGUAUGUUGGCUUGAUUUUGCGGCAUACGUGAGGGGGGUUGGAAUUCGGAAGGGAUUUGGGAGGUAAUUGCAGGAUUUGGAUGGAGCCGCGUGUCGGUAACAAGUUUCGGCUUGGACGGAAAAUCGGAAGCGGCUCUUUUGGGGAGAUCUAUUUAGGGACUAAUAUUCAGACCAGUGAACAAGUUGCUAUUAAGCUUGAAAAUGUCAAGACAAAGCAUCCCCAGCUACUUUAUGAAUCAAAGCUGUAUAAGCUACUUCAAGGAGGAACUGGAAUUCCAAAUGUUAGAUGGUAUGGAGUGGAAGGAGAUUACAAUGUUCUUGUGAUGGAUUUACUGGGACCUAGUCUCGAAGACUUGUUUACCUUUUGUAGUAGGAGGUUGUCUUUAAAGACUGUUCUCAUGCUUGCUGAUCAGAUGAUUAGUCGAAUUGAAUAUAUUCACUCUAAAUCUUUCCUGCACCGAGAUAUCAAGCCUGACAACUUCCUCAUGGGUUUGUCGAGACGUGCAAAUCAGGUUUAUGCCAUUGAUUUUGGACUGGCCAAGAAAUAUAGGGACUCUACAAAUCAUCGCCAUAUUCCAUACCGGGAAAAUAAAAAUUUGACUGGAACAGCCAGAUAUGCAAGCAUUAAUACUCAUCUUGGCAUUGAGCAAAGUCGAAGGGAUGAUCUAGAGUCACUUGGAUAUGUUCUCAUGUACUUCCUAAGAGGAAGCCUCCCAUGGCAGGGGCUGAAAGCUGGAACCAAGAAACAGAAAUAUGAGAAAAUUAGUGAGAAAAAAGCGGCGACUACUAUUGAGUCUUUAUGCCGAGGCUAUCCAGCUGAGUUCGCAUCGUACUUCCAUUACUGUCGUUCACUGAGAUUUGAUGACAAACCAGACUAUGCAUAUUUGAAGAAAAUAUUCCGUGAUCUUUUCAUUAACGAAGGUUUUCAAGUUGAUUAUGUGUAUGACUGGACUAUAUUAAAGUAUCAGCAAUCACAGCUGGCCAAUCCUCUAUCUACUCUUGGAACUGCUGCAGGAACGUCAGGAAUUCCAAGUGCAACUAUUGAAAGACAACCAGGUGGCGAGGAAAGUAAAGCCCCUGUUAGGUCUGCAAGUGCAAGUCGAAGCAGAAAUUUCUUGAAUUCUGGAAGCUUUUCGAGACAGAAAGGUGCUGUUGCAAACGAAUCCUCUGUCUCUAGAGAAUUGUCUAGUUCCAGCUUCUUCAGGCCGACUGGCUCCUCAAGGCGCCGUGAAGCAGAGGUUUCAUGCAAUGAUAUUGAUCCCUCUCGCACCCGGGCAGCAGAUCCCAGCCCAAGAAGACUCGGCAAAAGCUCCGUCCUCCCACAGAGAAAUUCUCCUGUCCUAUCAUCAGAUCCCAACCGCACAUCUUUUACGAGAAUAAAGAACUUCGAAUCCACGCUCAAGGGCAUGGAGAGACUACAUUUUAGCCACGAAUGACUGGACUAGAGCCAAAUCGUGAAUAUCAAACAGCUAGCUUUUGGCACUCGAAGAAUCUGUUGAGUUGCGCGCAGAUGAAUCGCGUGCCAUGACGCAGUACUAUUUAUAUAUUUAUUUGGAAGGAGCUGAUCAGAUGUGAUGCGAUGUCAUGUGAUCCCAAGUGAGUCAUCUCAUCUUCCCUAUUUAUCUGAAAGUGUUUUAGUAUUAUUUAUUUAUGUUGGGUAUAGUGUGUGAGUGAGUGAGUCAUUUUAUAUACACAGACACAGUUGGAGUCUUCCAUGCAAUGUUGCUCUUGUUGGUCUCUUAAAUCUAUAUCCCUUCUUCUUUUUAGAGAA